GUACCACCAGCGCUACGCAAGAUCUACACGGACUUCUCGCUCAAUUACAAUCUUACUGAUUGGCCGCGCAGUCCCGACCAAAGUACGCCGCCACGUGGAAACGAUGGUCAGCGUGGUGCUCAGCGAACGGAUACAGCAAAUGGCUUCCCGUCGACGAGCAGGAGCACUCCUACCAGCUUGCGUUGUUUGCCGUCCAGUACUGGG